AGCUCCACGUGUGAGCCGGAGGUCUGGGUUCGGCUGGUGAUCGGGUCAAAGGCUGAACUCAAUCAGAUAAAGUGAAACUCGUCCAGCGAAGCGUCCAGAUAAAGCCGUCAGUGGCGUGCUGAAGUCCAGAGCUGAUAGUGCGGCUCGCUUUCCCUCAGGAUUCUCCGGAUCUCCCAGUCGCACGGAUCCAGGAUGCUGUGGGUUUGCCUGGUUCUGGUUCUGCUGGAUCCUUCUGAAGCGUCUCCGGCUGAAAACAUGCACAUGCUCGAGGCCGAAGAGCACAAACUCAUCCUGAACCUCGGACACAAAGAGAUUCCCCGGGACUGUCAUGAUCUGUGGCACAGCUCUGGCGGUCAGGUUCGGGACGGGCUGUAUCUGAUCCGACCCGGUGACUCGCCGAUCGCGGUGUUCUGUGCCAUGAGCGAGGGCGGGUGGACGGUGGUCCAGCACAUCACGGUCAACAGCAGCGUGGACUUCGACAGAACCUGGGCCGAGUACAAGCGCGGCUUCGGGUCGCUCACGGGAAACCACUGGCUGGGCAACGAGCACCUGCACCGGCUCACCGGCGGACCCGUGCGCUACAAGCUCGCCGUCAAGCUAGUGGACCAGGACGCCAUGACCAAGACCGGCGAGUACGACCCGGUUCUGGUGGAGGACGAGGACGCUCAGUACCGCCUGCGUUUGGGUCCGUUUCAGGGCACGGCGGCGGACGCUCUCACGCUCGACACCGAGAACUAUCUUCACGAUAACCAGCGCUUCACCACCCGAGACCGGGACAACGACAACUACUUCCAGAACUGCGCUAAGCUGGAGUUCCAGGGCGUCGCGGGCGGAGGGUGGUGGUACGACGCGUGCGCCGGCGCGAACCUCAACCGCAGGAACGUCAUCUACUGGCAGAAGGACUGUAAUAAAGAGCACUUGUGCAAAUACGCCUGGAUGAUGGUGAGGCCUUCAGACCAGGUCAAGGUGGUUCGCUCCGGAGACUGUGCCAGAGACGAGCUCUGAGCGGCUCAACAUCCUUCAAGAUCAGCAGGGCACGCUUUAUCUGAAUGUGUCAUUGCUACGAUGUUAUUAUACAUUUAAGAACUGAGGAAUAAUAAUUGACAACAUGUACUUACUACAGGGUUUGGGUAAGAUUAGGAUUUGGUUGAGGGUUAGUUGCAUGUAAUUAUGCACAAUUUACUGUUAUUACUACGGUAAGUAUGUAACAUAUGUAACAAGGACACUGUGAAAUAAAGUGUUACUGUUGAAUUUAGUGAUGUUUUUAAUUAAAGUCCCCCUG